UUUUAAAGUUUAAUUUAUUAUUUUUUAGAUUCUGGUUUUGUGAAUAUUGCCAGUUUGUUGUUAUGUGCUUUGUUUUGUUUCUUUUGUUUAGUUGUUGAGAUUGAGAAAGGAAUGUAAAUUGCCUCCUUCAAUUUUGUGAUUGAUCGAAAGAAGUCCUUUUCAAUCUUUAUUUCGCGUUGAUCUUAUUUAUUUAUUUUUUAUUCUUGUGUUUGCAAUUCAGUGACAAGUGAUUCACCAAGCCUUCAAGUCUCUUUACCAACUGGCCGAUGAAAUAUAAAACUAAAUUGAUAACAACAAAAAACAUUUCAUAAAAAAAACGCGUGACCGACCGAACACCCCGGAAAGAGGAACAAGAAAACAAACAAAAGCAACAAGGAAAAAAAGCAAAGAAACACAAAGAAUAAAAAAAAGCAAAGAAACACAAAGAAUAAAAAAAAGCAAAGAAACACAACGAAUAAAAAAAGCGAGUGAAUGAGCCUCACACGCCCGCCCAGCGCCGGCGUCUCUCCACUCCCUCAGGAUCGUCUCUCAUAAUCCUAUUAGCCUCUCCCUGAAUGCAGCGGAACUGUGAUUUGAGGUGAAGGAUAAGGCAAAGGAUAAGAAAGACUGCCUCUCCUCACCUCCCUACCCCCCCUCCAACCUUAUACCCGUCACCUACCCCCACUCCAGCAAUCUCUCCCUUCCCCCCUUACCCCCUCCCUCCCUCCACCGAUCUCUCCCUCCUUCCCUGCCUCUCCCUCCCUCCCUUACCCUCCCUCCGGCGUCUCAGUCCCGGAUAUCGGCAUAGGACUUUUGAUCCAAGGAAAGGGGGGGAAAUUGGAUAAGAAUUGGAAACGCAAAAUGAACUUCUCCUGUCGCUUAGGGCCGAUUGGUUUCGAAUGAGGAAUGGAAGAAGGGAGAAUUAUUAUUCAUCUUGUGAUAUUCGCACGCGAUCGGAUGUGAUUAUACGUCGUGUACGGAUAAGAAUGAGAACAAGUAGCCGCUGUCCUGGAUUUAUGAUUCUCUAGUGCGAAAAGAGACAGAAAAAAAAUAAAAAAAAAUAAACUACAACAUAAAGAGACAAUAAAUCCAUUUACCAACCGGUAAUAAAAACAAUUAGACUCUGUGACUGGCAUUGUUCAUCUAGCCUGAACAAAGCAACAACAGCAACACCAACGGCUCAGUUUCCACGACGCAUUUGCAAAUCACCCAACCAGCAUGCGUCUGUCUGUCAACAUGCUGCGUCUCCUAAGCCUCCUGCAGGUGGCACUCCUUCACAUAUGCUCAGGCACUGCUGAGUCAGGAGUCCGUGUCACUAGCCUGGACGUUCCCUACCACGUGGCCAGGGGCGAUAACGUGAGCCUAACAUGUUUGUGGGAUCUGAACUCCUAUGACUUAUACUCCGUUAAGUGGUAUAGAGAUGACAGGGAGUUUUAUCGGUUCAUCCCUUCAGAAAAGACGAAAGGGACACUUAACCUUCCUGGAAUCAAUGUGGAUGAGCAGAAAUCAGACGGCAAUGUAGUGGUCCUGUUAAACGUCGGUCUGAACACCGGUGGCCACUAUAAAUGCGAAGUUAUUUCUUUUCCUGAAUUCCACACAGCUGACAAGAGCAAAGAGAUGUUAGUCGUUGAGGUGCCACAGGAGAAGCCGACAAUCAACGGCACUCGCCAUGAAUACCGGAUUGGCGACACUGCUCGGCUCACCUGCGUGUCUGCCAAAUCUCGCCCGCCCGCAGAGCUCACCUGGUACAUCAAUAACGAUAAGGCCCCCAAAGAAUACCUGAUCACCUUACCCAGUCUCAAGCACCACAUGGGCCUCGAACAGACCCGUCUCGGCCUGGAGUUCGAGGUAACGAGGAAGCACUUCGUCAAGGGUGAAAUGACGCUUCGAUGCACCGCCAAGAUCUCCUCCUUGUACUAUAAGACUCAACAGCAUAGCUUCGACGGACAGCUGACUUACUACGUGCCUGUGAUGGAAUCCAGGGAUAUCUCAGCUGUUUCAGGCGGCGCUGGACCUACACAACACCCCCUGACGCUGGCUUUGCUGGCGCUCGUGAUGACAGUGUCACUGGAUUCCCUGGAUGGUAUCUUUAGGUGACUUCCCUACAUGGCUACGCUACGCUACGCUGUCCCUCUCCUCGUCCUCCUCCUUCUCUCCUUCCUCCCCUCAUUCCUUCUUAUCCUUCAUGUUCUCGUUCCACGCUUCUUCCCCUUCGUGAAUAUUGGCUGAGAGAGAGAGAGAGAGACACACUGCAGGUGAAGAAAAAUGGGCUUCUAUCAUGGAGCUAGUUUAUCUGAAGGACUGGAGGAGAAAAAAAAGGAUUCAUUUUACGGAGAUGAUUCAUCUGAAGGAUUGGACAAAAAAGGAAUCAUUUCAUCAUUUCAUGGAUACAGUUCGCACGAUGGAUUGAAAAAAGGGACUCAUUUUAUGGAGCCUGUUUGAUCGGAAGAGAUCUAUCCUAAAAUGUAUUAUCCUUCUCCUUCCCACGUGAAUUAUCCUCAAGCGUAGGGGAUGAGGACCCACCAGGAAGCAAGAAAGUCAUAAUCAUCGUCUUCGGUGACUUCUGAGAUGCGACAAUAUUUUCUGUGACUGUGAAGGACGUCUUUAGCAUUUUCUUUUAUUCACUUCCUUGUAUUUACAGAUCGGUAGACCAGUAAUUGAUUAGGUGACUUAGGAAAAGAUAAAAUAUAAAAAGAGGCAUUGGUUGUAAAUUGUCUAUUUACAGGAGUGG